CACAACCAUGUCGCUUUGUGGUCGGAGCGCAUUAUCGAGGGCCCUAAGGCUCGAUGGCCUACGAUUUACCUCGAACUUACAUUCUCGGCGACUAAAGGCUUCCAUAAAUUCACGAUGCCGCGCUGCGCCACCCGUGUUAAACCACGGCUCCGUCGUUGACCCGUUGCGCAACCAGUGUCGCAACUUCUCAUCAUCGCGUCUGCUGCAACAGCAAGUCAUUAUCGAGAACCUAACUGAUGUCCUGCCAACAUGUUGUCCUGGAUGUGGCGCUUUCUCGCAAACCAUCGAACCAAAUGAACCAGGCUAUUACAGUGCCAGCCGGAGGCAGACCCGGAAACUUUUGGCCUCCAAGAAAGAGGCCAUCGAGCAAAGCAAUACGGUGGAGGAUGCGGCAAACACAAUCACGGAACAGAGUGACCAUGAGCAGGAGGCGCACUUUGAAGUCCCCAUACCGAGCCCAGACGGCGCACUUCCAGAUGACGCCGUUGUACCCGACGACUACUCUUUACAAUCCUCAUCGCGCGGCUCUCACGUCUGCGAUCGCUGCCACGAUUUAAUACACCAUAACAAGGCUGUUGCCUCCCCAAAGCCUUCCGUCCAUUCAAUCCGAGCCUUCAUGAACGAGUCGCCUUACAAGAAUAAUCGUGUCUAUCAUAUCUUGGACGCCGCUGACUUCCCCAUGUCCCUCAUUCCACGAAUUCAUUGGGCAUUGCUUGUUCAAGAACAACGUUCCAAGAACCGACGAUCUGCCAAUGAGAAAUACCGCGGAGGCAAAAAGCUUCCUACUCUGAGCUUCGUCAUCACGCGCUCGGAUCUACUGGCAGCAACCAAGGACCAAGUGGAUUCCAAGAUGGAAUAUGUUCGUACCGUGCUUCGUGAGGCUCUGGGGAAGUCUGGAAGAGACGUGCGGCUAGGUAACGUGCACAUGAUUAGUGCCCACCGGGGCUGGUGGACGAAGCAAGUCAAAGAGGAGAUCAGUGAACACGGAGGAGGUAUCUGGGUGGUAGGCAAGGCAAAUGUUGGCAAGAGCAGCUUCAUCGAGGCUUGCUAUCCCAAGGACUCACGACGUCUUGAGAAUAUGGCCGAAUGGAUCGAACGCCAACGAGAAGAGCACGAGAUUCCUAAUCAAAGGCAGGCCUCUCUGUUGGAUCCCGAUAGUCUGCUCCCUCCUGCUCCCCGCGAGGACGUGUAUCCAAUUCUCCCAGUUGUCUCAUCCAUGCCGGGAACAACAGUAUCGCCUAUUCGAAUUCCAUUCGGCCGCGGAAAGGGUGAAGUGAUCGACUUGCCUGGCCUCGAACGUGGCGAGCUGGAGGAUUACGUGCGUGAUGAGCACAAGCGUGACUUGAUCAUGACCAAACGGAUCAAGCCCAAUCGAUGCACCGUCAAACCCGGGCAAUCUCUGCUAUUAGGCGGUGGUCUCGUGCGCAUUACCGCAGUAAACCCGGAAGAUACAAUCUUGGCUGCGUGCUUCGUACCCAUCGAAACCCACGUCACAAAGACAGAGAAGGCGAUCGAAGUGCAGACUGAACAGCGAGCCUACGCAGGAACCGUGCUCAUGAAAGAAGGUACUGGCAGCACGAUGGCACCGGCUGGAAAGUUCGACUUGAAAUGGGACACUACUGCUUCGAACUUGCCCUCUACGAUUGCCAAGGCUGUAAAGGAUAAGGGAAUUCCUAUUCCCAAGCUUCCAUAUCGCGUGAUGUCGGCCGACAUACUCGUCGAAGGCUGCGGCUGGGUCGAAGCCAGUAUCCAGGUCCGCACCAAGCGCAACUCAGAGGCCGAAACAGACACCUAUCCUCAGAUUGAAGUGUUCACCCCCAACGGCAAGCACGUUGACUCUCGGCCACCGAUUGAAUGUUGGAACUUCAUUGCAGAGAAACUCAAGGCUGACAAACGCAAGAGGCCGCGCCUGAGACACCAGUACAGUUGAGCUGUGCAUCUGCCUCUCAGUCUGGUUCUUCUGGAGGAUUACUAUGUAUAUUACCACUGUAGCAUAGCGGCUGGCGUUCUGAUAGAUCCCCUUGUAUAAUACACUAUUGGCUCUUCCAUUUUACCUAGGCCCCUUUCCAUUUCUGUUGCCAGAACUUGCGUUUCG